GACGCUCCGGCUGCUCCUCUUCCCGACCGCGGUAUGAGCGCCGCCCGUCUCGCGGGAAGCCGCUUGCCCGGCCUGAAGGCCGCUGCAGGCGGCAGCUGCAGUAGGUUAGGGUCCAGGCUGAGGCCGAGGCCGAGCGGAGGAAGCAGCCGCCUUGGCCGGGCCGAGGUUGGCAUACCCCACCCCCGGGCCCUCAGGCUGCCCGCUCCCUCCACGGCCGCUGCAGCCCGCGGGGAGAGUGUCUGACAUCCUCCCAGUACAGCUGGAGGCCGUUCAGCCCGUCAGACUUGCCGCUCUCUCUUCACCUGCUCCUCUCAAUGGCAAAAAUUCACCAGUUGUCAGCCUAUUCGAUGUUUCUACCUCAGAUUUAAAAUUAGCAAUCGCCAGGGCAUUGUUUACAGGAGAGGGUUCUAGCUUUACCUGCUGAAGUGUUUGCUAAUUUUCACUCCUGAAUGGUCUUAUUUUUCAGCUGUGGCUCCAUCCUGGACUCUAAUGUGCAGAAAUAGUUCCUCUCUGCCUUUGCUAUCUUGAAAAUUAUUGAUCAAUAUUUAAAAGGGACCUGAGGGGCAAGUUUUUCACACAGGGGGUGGUGCAUGUAUGGAACCAGGAAGUGGCAGAGUCUAGGAAUCAUCCUACACUGUACAUCCUUCAUGGUGAAUGCAUCAUUCUGCAAUGCGUGGAAUUGGUUACAGCUAUUCCAGUGCAUUAGGCAUUCAUGGCUUAUGCCAUUGUCCUCCUGAGCUGUGCAAUGCAGUGCCGCAGAGCUCUGUGUAAACGGUGGCUGCAUCACUCUGGCAGAAAAUCAAUGGCAUCUUCAGCCCAUCUCCACAUCUCAUCCAUGCUCAGCAAGCCACAACUGAGGAAGAGACAGUUUCACUGGACCACUGGUUACAGGAGCAGAGAUGUGGAGUUCACACAUAUCCGAUACAAUGUCCAACGGUUAGGAUUUGCUGCUGUCACAACUGAAGACAUAGCAUUCUUUAAUGGACUCCUGCCUGGCUCUGUGGUGACUGAUCCCGAUAUUCUGGAAGCGAGCAAUGUAGACUGGCUGCGGACAAUGCGAGGGCGCAGCCAGCUGUUACUGCGACCUCGGACAACGGAAGAGGUUUCUCAGAUUCUUAGAUACUGUAACAGUCGGAAUCUGGCUGUGAAUCCUCAGGGUGGCAACACUGGAUUGGUGGGAGGGAGUGUGCCAGUGUUCGAUGAGAUAAUUAUUUCAACUGUUCAAAUGGACAACAUAAUCAGUUUCAACAGUAACUCUGGAGUGCUUAUCUGUGAGGCUGGCUGCAUUUUGGAAAACUUGAACAAUUACCUUGAGGAACAGGAUUUCAUCAUGCCCCUUGACCUGGGGUCGAAAGGGAGCUGCCACAUUGGUGGGAACGUGUCAACCAAUGCUGGUGGACUGAGACUGCUGAGAUAUGGCUCCCUGCGUGGGACAGUACUGGGACUGGAAGUGGUACUUGCAGAUGGAGCCAUCUUGAACUGUCUAUCAUCCCUUCGCAAAGACAAUACAGGUUACGACCUCAAGCAGCUUUUCAUAGGAGCUGAGGGGACACUUGGAAUCAUCACUGCUGUGUCUAUUCUAUGUCCAAGAAAAUCACCUGCUGUCAAUGUAGCACUACUAGGUUGUGACAGCUUUGAGAAGAUCUUGGAUAUAUUCAAGGAAUCCAAAAGCAUGUUGGGUGAAAUUCUCUCUGCGUUUGAGUUCUUGGAUUACAGUUGUAGAGAGGUUGUCUGCGAGCACCUUAAACUGCGAAACCCACUGCAAGAAACACCGUUUUACAUCUUGAUAGAAACAUCAGGCUCCAAUGAUGAUCAUGAUCAAGAGAAACUCAGUCAUUUCCUGGAGAAAGUCAUGACCUCUGGUCUCGUAGCUGAUGGAACUGUGGCUACUGAGGAAAAUAAGAACAAGGCACUCUGGGCUCUGCGGGAACGCAUCACUGAAGCACUGGUCCAUGAUGGCUUUGUAUACAAAUAUGACAUCUCAUUACCACUGGAGAGAUUCUAUGAGAUUGUCAUUGACAUGAGGAACAGACUAGGGGUGAGGGCCAAACGUGUCGUUGGCUAUGGACACCUUGGCGAUGGAAACUUACAUUUGAACAUUGUGUCUCCCGCAUUUGACCAGCAGUUGUUGGACUCCAUUGAACCCUACCUGUAUGAAUGGAUUGCAAAACAUUGUGGCAGUAUCAGUGCUGAGCAUGGACUUGGCUUCAAAAAGAAGAACUGCAUCUAUUUCAGUAAGUCCAGGGCAGCAGUGCACAUGAUGCAGCAGAUGAAAGCGAUUCUGGAUCCAAAAGGAAUUUUAAAUCCUUAUAAAACCCUCCCAGCCUUCACUCAGUGAACUCACUUACAAGAACAUAGAUUUUAUUGGAAGACCUGGCUGCAAGAUUUUGAUUUUUGCUAAUUUUGUGCUCAUCAUGGUGGAGACGAUUACGGCUGAGGAAGAAUUAAUACAGUAUCAAGCCCAAUUCCAAGUUGCACUUCUGUUUGAAGAAAAAUAGAACGUGUAUCUAUCUCGCACUUUCAGGGAGAGCUGAAACACUUCAUAGUCAAUUAAUUUCUGUUUAAUUGUUGUCAUUACACAAACCUGGAAACCAGUUCCAUGUACAUCAUGUAUAGCAGUGUGAUCAUGACCAGAUAACCUGUUUCAGCUUUUUAUUGAACAUUGGCCAAUAUUCUAGGGAGACAUCUAUUCCUAUUCUUCAGAAUUUACACCCGCCUCAAGAAUAGAUGGGACUUCGGUGACAAUGCACUCCCUCAGCAAUGCACUGGAAGCAGAUUUCUGGAUUGAGACUUGAACCCAUAACCUUGCAAUAUGAGGUAAGGCACAGUGAGGCAAGGCUGACAACUAGCUACCCAGCCCACCCCUUUUAAAGCCACCAGCUUCUUAGAGGUGACCAGACACUGUGACAUGUUUUGCCAAUGGGCCCAUGUCCACUACAAACUGAUUGAGUCUGCAUAACGUUCAUACAGAAUUCUUAUAGUCAAAAGACUGGGCAACCUCAGUCCAGGAGUCUGAGCGAGUUUCAGAGCAGAGUGUUGAAUCUUUACACCACUGUGCAGACCAUUGGGAAAUACUGAGUGAUGAGAUGAUAUUCCCUGCCCAGCUCUGUGUGGAAUUAUAUAUUGUGUUAUCAAGCAAGAAAGGAGGGAGGAGGAUUGGACAGAAGUAAAGCCUGGUUUUAUGUGGCUUCUGUUUGUUGUUGUGUUAUAUGUGAAUUAGCAGAGUUAAAAAGAGAAACUGAACACUGGAAAUCUAAAACUGAAGUUCAGACAAGUGUCCCAGCUGAAGUAUUGUAAUUCUCCAGUCUUUCCAGGCCUAUGCUGGUCUUCCAGCAGUAUCUUAUUUUAUGGGGUGAUCCUCACUGCUUUUGGUUUUGAGUUGAUCAAAAUACAUCUAAACCCAGACAGAGAAGAGCCAUAAUUUUGAGAUGCACCUUAACAGGGUUGAGAUUGUUGGGGGAAAGUGCGAGUGCUGAAAUUGGGCACCCAUCUUACAAUCUUACAAUUUCAUAAAGAAAGGACUCUCAGCUUUUGGAGCUGUGCUAUGCUGUCAGGCUGUGCUGGCCUGACAGGUAUGAGUAGUCAGUGAGCAUUAUUGCCCAUGUCCUUAGCUCUGGACAACAGGAUUGACUCCUCAUCAGAGGCAAAGCAUUGUAAAUAUUUGGGCUUCUUCCCUGGGUUCCCCUCUUGGGACUUCUGCUGGUCUGGACUCUACUGCUCCCCCAACUACAAAUUUGUGGCAGUGUUCCCUGUUCCACCUUGUCCUCGUUACUGGUAGCAUUCUUCCAAUACCAGCAUUCUUGCCUAUCAAUCAGCUGCUGCAUUUUUACAGGAAAUGGCCUAUCAGCCUGCAAGAUAAAAACUGCUCAGGCUCUGACUCAUUUUGUGCAGGGUUAUCAUCGGCUCACUCGAGUUCAAAUCAACGCCAUAAAUCUUGGUCAGUACACUGGGUUUGAAAAAUGUUGAGGCAGUGGCGGAAACUGAGAGAGAAAUAACCCCUGCACAUCAAUUGGUCAGAUUGUGGAGCACAUGCCCCUCUCUAAGUUAAAUACAAAUCCUUCAAGUGGUCUGUUGUAAACAUGGACAUUAAUUUUGGAACAAUACACAGAGACUGAUUGUAUCAAUUGACUUUAAUCAUAUUUCAUGUUCUACAUGUUUUACUUAUUGUGCAGUAAAGCAUC